UGAAAUAUGGCGCCUUAGAGUCGUUAAACGAGAGCAUGCUUGAACUUGUAUAAACUUUUAAGUCUGAAUCUGAUACACACCACAGUUAUCAUUCAUCAUUCUAAGUUCAUUAAGGCAGGCAAUAAUAAAAUGGAUGGGUUUGGAACAAUAACUUGGUGGGGCUUCAGUCCAGCUCUCGACUUGCAAGAGAUGGGUGUGAACCAGCUGAUGAAUAAACUGGCAAUAAACAAAAACAAAGAUACCAUACGGUUGCUGAUAAUUGGGUCAGGAGACCUGCGACAUGUGCUGACCACACUUGCACAUUGCUACAGACAUCCUCAGAGAAAACUCCAUUUUUACAUUGUGGAAUCUUCACUUGAACUAUAUGCACGCCACAUGCUGCUUUUGACUGUUGCCCUGGAAGCACAGAAACGUAUGGGACUUCAGGAGAAGACAGAGCUUUUUCUGGAACUGUUUGGUAAUAUUUUGGUACGUAAGCAAACUGCUGAUUACAUACAGAAAAUGGCCCCAGACUUUAUCAAGAUGGUUACUGAUUUCAACUAUCUGGAAAAAAAGUUGCCGUGUUUAGACCUUUCUCAUCUUAAGUUCAAAGAGAGGGACUUUAUGGAGGGAAUCUUUAAGUUUUGGCGAAAAUUUGACCUUAAGGCUUUUGAUGCAAAGAAGUGUUGGGAUCUGCGCUUGCGUCAGUACCUGGGAGUGCGGUAUGAUUCAAGACUCAAUGUUUUUGAUUGGGACCAUUCCAUGAAUCUGAUUGAGAGAGGGGGUGACAUUGUAAACAUCCAUGAGUACAAGAGCUGGAGAAACAAUGGUGUGGCAUUUCAGGUUCGAGAAGGAACGUAUGAUGUCCCAAAUUUAAGCCUGGCCUCCACCAGAGUGCUGAAACAUGAGGGAGACAGAUUUGUGCGCCUUGGUUACUGGGGUGACAUCCUUGUCAGUCCUUAUAUAGCUUUGGGAACAGAAUCUGAAGAAAAAUCGUUCUUCAAGAAGCAAAAUGGAGUAUAUGCUAAGUGUGCCCAAGAUGUAGCAGAGUUCAAUGUGAUGUCCAUGUUCCAUGAGCUGGCAACACAUCAGAAAUACCUUCUUACCACAUCUACCCCUGGCCCAGUCACAGACAAAAGAUGUGCCAAUGUCAUAGAAAGAAUUACAGAAGAGCUGGAAGCAAAUGGCAUCUACAUGCACGAUCAUGCUAAUCCAGAAAUGGUGCAGAAGAUCGAGGAGGAAGAAGAAGCAGAUGCUGAUUUACCACAAGCACCCAGCAGUGACAAAAUUCACAAGGGAGAUCAUGAAGAGCAGGAAGGUGUGACUGGAUCUUCAUUUCAUCCCUUGGAUCUAGAGUAUGAAUCUCUUGCUCUGGAUGGAGUUACCAUCACUUUUCUUCCCAUUGGUUCAGCUCCAGAACUGCCAAAGCGUGGUAAAUUUCAAAAGACGUUUGAUGUGGUCUAUAUUGCCAAUAGCCUGGUUCACUACUUGACUCCAGAAUUCAAUGCAGUAUUUGCGGAUCACUGUACAGUGCUACUGGAAUCAGCCCUGUUCAUGCUGGAGCUGAAGAAAGAGCAAGUGGCGCAGUUUGUUCAGAAGGUUUCUGAAAUGGCCAAGGCAGCCGGCUGUCAGGAGCUGGAGAAGUGUGAUGCCGAGAAAGAUGCCUUGAUCAAGAUGUACUUCCAACGAUGAGCCAUGGUUAAGGCUGCCUUGUAUGGCAGGGCGUGUUGAAGCUGAGCAUGACGUAUCCAGAAUACUGGCAUAGGGCCGAGAGGAGGAUACAGAGUUGUCUGGACCAGGAGACUAUUUUGUGGCAGAGUUGAAAGUUGUAAAGAUCAUGAAAACGCAGGAUCUUUUUAUGAAUUAAAGUGGGCGAUUUUUA